AUGGAGGCUUCUUCACCACUGGCGGCCCUGCACCGCCCAAUGCCCGCCCCCAGCUGGGGGGCUAGGGACAUCUUCCGCAGUCACCACUCCUUCACAGGGCCCGUUGCUUCGGCUGCCCUGAGCCUGCGUGAGCAGCUGCAAAGAGGCACCUCCGACUACUUCUCCAGCGAACCGCGUGGCUCCUCGCCUGCUGCCAGUCUGGCCGCCGACCUCUCCCAAAACUUUCGCCUCGACAGCGAGGCCAGCCCUCACUUCCCGACUCCUCGCCGUGCACUCUUUACUGCCAAUGUCAUGGGUGGCUUUGAAAACAGAGACUAUGUCACGACCCCUCCGCUGCCCUCGUCCUCUCCCGCCCCUUUGAUCGAAUACAUGGAGCUCUCUCCGCUCCCACACAAGACGCCAUUCUCAUUGCAGUCGCAGUCUGCUUCUCCUACACCCAAUUGCUCAUCAGGUGACGAGGACAUGAUGCUCGACUCUCCGGCUCCCAUUUCGCGCCCGUCGCUGGACUUUACCAAGCCACCGUCGUUUGCAGACCGUAGAAUUGCUGCUCCACGCCGUCCAUCUCUGAGCCGAAUGAAGGGCUACACCUUUACAAGCGGCAGCACUAGGUCUGACGCCGACGGCCAGUUGGGGCAGCUCCCUCCGUUCCGCUUCGGUGGUGAUCCUGCUACCCGCUCGACCUCCAACCUCUCUCUUGGAGAGUGCUUUCAGUCUGAGUCCCCCCCUCAGGAAUCGAGAUCCGUCUCGUCCAAUAGCCCCUGUGCUCCCAUUCCUCUUGGGCUGCGGACCCGGCCUCAAUUCAUCUCUUCCAACAGCAACAGCCCUCGCCUCGGCUCACCUCUCACAGGCCACGCCAGACGGCAGUCGAACCCGUUCUUGCGAACACGCAAACAGUUUCGCCGCUCUCUGAGCAUGUUCGAGCACCCUGACGAUGUUAUGAAUGCAAAGCCGCAGACUUCCGAACCCAUGCCAUCUUCGCUCAAGUGUGUCAUGGACAUUGAGGAAGCUCACGAAGCUGUUGUGCCUCACUUUCUCUCGGACGAUCCCACUGACACCAUUCCACGCAUCACCAAGAGCACCAUGCUGGACAUUCUCGACGGCAAAUUUAAUGACAAGUUUGAUCACAAAAUGGUCAUCGACUGCCGUUUCGAAUAUGAGUACGACGGUGGCCACAUUGAGGGUGCCGUCAACCACAAUGACAAGGAGCUUCUCACCUCCCAGCUGUUCAAGACUCCCAUCGGCGGCAGAUCUCUGCUCAUCUUUCAUUGUGAAUACUCGGCCCACCGUGCUCCUCUGAUGGCUAGACAUGUUCGUGCUGAGGAUCGUACCGUGAAUGCUGAAUUCUAUCCUCGCUUGACGUAUCCCGAAGUCUACAUUCUGGAUGGAGGCUACAGCGGUUUCUUCGCCACUUUCCGUGGCCGAUGCUUUCCUCCCGAGUACGUGGAAAUGUCUGAUGAGAAACACCAGCGCACUUGUGAACGCGAGAUGGGCAGACUCAAGGCCCGCAAGGGUGGUCUCAGCCGCGCUCAGACUUUUGCUUUUGGCCAGAGAGACCACUGCGUCAAUGACUCUCCUACUGCGCCUAGCCGACCGACCUCGCGUCAAUUUCCCAUAAUGGGCAGCUUUUCUCCUAUUCCUGAGCGAUCACACACCCGUCGCAUGGCUUCCUACUAA